GCCGCGGGGAAGCAUUUGAGAGUGGGACCGCGAGAAGCGGCUUGUAAACAGAGCCGGGCCGGGAUGGUCGGCGGCUGGGGCGGAGCGGCUGGCGGCGAGCAAGGCGGGCUGCCUGGGUCGGGGCCCUGCCGGGAGUCGGCUGCAGGCCGCGGGGGCGACCAGACCCAAGUCUCGGAAAUGGAAGAUUGGUGCGGCGCCGCUUUGAUGACUCAUGAAUAAGCCCCUACAUGGCCAGGUGAAGGUCACGGCCACUUGUUUCCUCAGCUGCACCCAUGAACCAUUGCUCUCUUUUGGCUGAAUGUUCGUGACAGCCUUUCCUGAAGCAGUUUAGGGGACUUAGACCUCUUGGACCCUGGGUCAUGGAAGCUUUGGAAGUGGAUGACAUCAGCCCUGCCUUGGAGGUGACCGAGGACUUCUUUAGUACUUUCGAUAGUAAGCUGGAAAAGGCUGUGCAGCAAGCAGAAGUUUAUGGGAUUCAGGAAGUCCCUGAACUGGUGGGGCGUGAGGUACUCAGUAGCAUAACAGACAAUGGUGCUUUGAGAAAUGUUGCCUCCCUAGGCAAGGGGACCAUGAUUUGGGACCACUGUAAGAGCAGGCUCCUAGAAACCAAAGCUCAAAAUGUCUUCCCUGCCAAAGAACAGCUUAUGGUCCAGAGAGGGACAGCCCCAGAUAACCUUUCCUGGAUGGAACAAAAAGAAGCAUCAACCUUCAACUUUUUCAACAUCUGCCAGCGUCGGAGGGACAGACCUCGCUCUGUGAAUGAUUUACUAGAUGAGACCACGGCUUUCAAGCCAGGACAUGCUCGGUCCAGGUCUGAUGUCACCCACGUAGACUGGCGGGUAGUCCUUAGCACCAUGCCUUUGCAGCAGCAGCAGCAGCUGUCCCUUCAAGGCCCUCACUUUGCCAGGCCAUCUUUUCUGUUGCAUUCACCCAGUAAGAUUGAAGAUGCUCAAGGAAAUACAGAACACAAGCAGACAUUCCCAAACAUCCUGAAGAAGGGUUAUCUGGAGAUCAGGAAGAACCAUGACAGUUACUGGCAAAGCUGCUACGCUGAACUCUCACCCUAUGGCCUGCACUUGUACAGCCUUGACAGCAGUGGGAAUCAGAGCCUGCAUGCCACGUACCAGCUCUCACACUUCCAGAGCGUUUCCGUUCUAGGCAAUCUUGAGGCCAGGAUGGUGGACACUGUUCUCUAUGACAAUUCGCAGCUGCAGCUAAAGGCAGAGUCCCCGUGGGAGGCCCUGGACUGGGGGCAGAAGCUCUGGGAAGUUGUGCAUGCUGCUCUGCCCAGUUACAUGGGCCGGCAGGAUGACCUGGCAAACUCACCAGGACUUGGUCAUCAUGUUGACUGUACACAGAACCACUGUUUACAGAAGAAAUCCAGUGGGCUGCUGUCCUCCCCUGUCUUGGAUAGCCCCAAACAGUACCAAAACAUCCUCAAAUCAGGGACACUCUACAGAUUGACUGUCCAAAAUAACUGGAAGGCAUUUACAUUUGUGCUGAGCAAGGCCUAUCUUAUGGCCUUCCACCCUGGCAAGCUAGAUGAGGAUCCCUUGUUGAGCUACAAUGUGGAUGUGUGUCUGGCUGUGCAGAUAGACAACCUGGAUGGUUGUGACUCUUGCUUUCAAGUCAUUUUCCCCCAAGAUGUCCUCCGCCUCCGGGCUGAGACCCGACAGAGGGCACAGGAAUGGAUGGAGGCUCUGAAGACAGCGGCCAACGUGGCAAGGAGUUCUGAGCAAAACCUGCAAGUCACACUGAGGAACAAAGCCAAGGAUCAGAUAGGUGGCCAUGAGCAGCGGAAGAACAAACGCCAGUCCGUGACCACCAGCUUCCUGAGCAUCCUGACAACUCUGUCUUUGGAGCGAGGACUCACUGCUCAGAGUUUCAAAUGUGCAGGAUGCCAGCGAUCUAUCGGUCUUUCUAAUGGCAAGGCCAAGGUGUGCAAUUACAGCGGGUGGUACUACUGCAGCAGCUGCCACGUGGAUGACAGCUUUCUCAUCCCAGCACGAGUAGUUCACAACUGGGACACUUCAAAAUAUAAGGUGUCCAAGCAGGCCAAGGAGUUUCUGGAGUAUGUGUAUGAGGAGCCACUGAUCGACAUCCAGCAGGAGAAUCCCAUGCUGUACCUGCACGCAGAGCCGCUGGCCACGGUGGUGCGACUGCGGCAACAGCUGAAGUCACUCCGAGCGUAUUUGUUCAGCUGCCGGGCCGCAGUGGCGGAGGAUCUGCGGCGCAGAAUUUUCCCCAGAGAAUACCUCCUUCAACACAUCCACCUGUAUUCUCUUGCUGACCUGCAGCAGGUGAUAGAGGGAAAGCUGGCACCGUUCUUGGGCAAGGUCAUUAAAUUCGCCACCUCUCAUGUCUACAGCUGCAGUCUUUGUAGCCAGAAAGGGUUCGUCUGCGAGAUCUGUAACAAUGGCGAGAUCCUCUAUCCGUUUGAGGACAUUUCUACAAGCAGGUGUGAAAGCUGUGGCGCUGUCUUCCAUUCCGAGUGCAAAGAGAAGUCAGUCCCCUGCCCACGGUGUGUCCGCCGGGAGCUGCAGAAGAAGCAGAAGUCCUUCUGGCGGCAGCUGAAUGUGGACGAGAGCCUGGAGGAGGCGUGCACCAUGUUCGAGCUGUCCUACCAGAACACCUGACUGCAGGCUGGACUGCACGCACCACAGCCACCCAAGGGCCACUUGUGCCCAUACAGAUGAGGCUCUUUCCCCUUCAGCUAGAUGUAGAUAUAUAAGUUAUUUAUUUAUAUUAUAUACACACCUAUACGUCCUGUACGUAUGCUUUGUGUAACCCAUUGUCUAGAAGUCCACAGAGACCCUGUGGCUGAACUCGUACCAGAUAGCUGAGUUACACUUAGCCAUGAAAUUUAGCUGCUUGCCCCAGCAACUGUGUUUCUCACACUGCUCCGUAGCUCAAAUCCUGUGCUCACAUUGGCUCAAAGGGCAGGUCUGUUGCACAGGCAUCGGAGGAAGCAUCUCCACAGCACAGCUUUGGGUUGUUACUGAAUUUUAGCCUUUGCUGGGGAAACUGUCAUCUGCUUCGCAAGGAAAUCUCCGAAACACAAGAAUACUUCUGGAUCCUCCUCCCAAGGCUCCAGAGUCCUUGGCAGAGAUGAGAGCGCUGAAGCAGAGCCAUGAAGCAGAAACCCAAAGGGUUCCUCCCUCCAGCAGAAAGUUUGAGGAGUAGAGCCACCCUGGGCUUGAAGCUAAUCCCUGCAAAUGACGACACAGACCUCAGCGGCCAGUCACUGCACGUCCCCAGCUGCUUGCUGCUACGAAGCCCAGCAACUGCCUGAUGAUAACUGCAGAGUGCACGGGCAUCCUAAGAACAGAUCUCCAAGCAUGGCAUGGAGGGCGUUUGUUAUUUUUUCAUAGUGCUGGCCAAGAAGAAAUAUCCCAGGAUUGUCCUGAAGCAUCUCAGUGUAUAGACUGCUGUAGCAUAUGCCACGUGCACCUUGGGGACCUGAUGUUUCCUUUCCUGGAGUCCACUAUAGGCAGUGCCCACCUGACAUUCAAUGUUUUAUUGCUCAUUGUCCGUCACAGCACUUUUGACCCUCAGCAGUCCAUGUAGUGACUCUUGCUUUCGUAUUCUGGGUGUUUUGUUUGUUUGGGAUGGGGGCAUAUUUUAAGACAAGGUCUUGCUAUAUAUAUCCCUGGGCUGGUCUCAAACUUGUAAUCCUGCUGCCUCAUCCUCCCAGGACUGGGAUUGCAGGUGUGUACCACUGUACCUGCUCUGCUUUACUUGUUUUUAAUUAUUUUAAAAAUUAUUUAAAAUUAAAAAUUAUACAAUUAUUAAAGAAUAACUUGAAAAAUA